AUGAAAAUUUUGACAGUGAAUGAUGAAGGUGAAAAUUGGAGUGUGGGACAACGUCAGCUCUUAUGCCUGGGAAGAGUACUUCUGAAGCGAAAUAAGAUUCUUGUUCUUGAUGAAGCCACUGCUUCCAUUGAUUCUACCACAGAUGCCAUCCUGCAGCAAGUUAUUAGACAAGAAUUUGCAGGGUGCACAGUUAUAACUAUAGCCCAUCGAGUUCCAACUGUAAUAGACAGUGAUAUGGGAAAGGUGGAAGUGGAAUAUGAUGAGCCUUCAAAGCUUAUGGAGACAAACUCUUCUUUCUCUAAACUGUUGCUGAGUAUUGGUCCAGCCGCAACCAGAACCUCUCCUAAAAUAUACGAGUCUCUU